UUGGAGCAGGAGGUAGUACAAGCAAGGAGGAGAGAGAGAGAUAGAGACGCAGACAGGCUACUGUCACGCUCCUACUGCUGAGCGAAGCGCAUACAACUACACCCAACAACUCUGCUUGCAGCCCCUGGUUACACCACCGUAUGUUACCUGUGCAGAGCCUCUGAGACAGAGGGGGGAUCGAUGGGAAAGGUGGUGGAUUAGAGUGUUUGGUACAAAAAAUACAUUUUUGAUGAGUCGCUGAAAAGAAAACAAAGAGAAAGAAAAAUAACUAUUGGUUCGACAAACAGAUAUUCCGUUUUCUAAUUGGCAUUACAUUUGUGAAUAAAAAACUUGAACGGACAGAGAUGAUGAUGAUGGUGGAGGUGGUGCUACAUCUGUGUCCCUUUGUCAGCUCGAGGUCCGGGUUGGUGCUGCUGAUGUUUGCCCUCUGCACCUGCACCGAUGCCCAGCAUGUUGCCGCAGUAACCAACCCUCUCCCUGCUGCCUUCUCUGACCUCCUGCCUCACUUCCUGGUGGAGCCAGAGGAUGUUUACAUCAUCAAGAACAUGCCAGUGACCCUGACCUGCCGCUCCGCUCCCGCUACACAGAUCUACUUCAAGUGUAAUGGGGAGUGGGUUCACCAGGACAACCACAUGAUCGAGCGCUCCUUGGAUCCCCCUACGGGUCUGCCAGUCAUGCAGGUGAAGAUCGACAUCUCCAGACAGCAGGUGGAGAAGGUCUUCGGGCUUGACGACUUCUGGUGUCAAUGUGUGGCCUGGAGCACCUCGGGGACCCAGAAGAGCCAGAAGGCCUAUGUCCGCAUAGCAUACCUGAGGAAGAAUUUUGAGCAGGAGCCACUUGGUAGGGAAGUGUCUCUGGACCAGGAGAUCCUGCUGCACUGCCACCCUCCAGAGGGAGUGCCCCCUGCCGAGGUGGAAUGGUUGAGGAACAAUGACUUGAUCGAUCCAGUUGGUGACCCCAAUUAUUACAUCACCAUUGAGCACAACCUCAUCAUCAAGCAGGCGCGGCUAGCGGAUACAGGCAACUACACCUGCGUGGCCAGUAACAUUGUGGCCCGACGCAAGAGUUCCUCAGCCACAGUCAUUGUCUAUGUAGAUGGAGGCUGGAGCGCCUGGAGCGUGUGGUCGGCAUGCGGAGUGGACUGUAACGCGUGGCGCAGCAGAGAGUGCACUCAGCCUGUGCCGGGGAACGGGGGCAGAGAAUGCCAGGGACUUGGUCUCCAGUCCAUGAACUGCACCAACGAGCUGUGCCCCCAGACUGCCUCUGGCCAAGAUGAAGUGGCCCUGUAUGUGGGGAUCAUCUCUGUGGCGCUGUGCCUCACCCUGCUGCUCAUCGUGGUCAUCCUGGUGUACCGCCGCAAGAAGGAGGGCCUGGACGCUGACGUGGCGGACUCCUCCAUCCUCACCACCGGCUUCCAGCCCGUGGGUGUCGAGCCCGCCAAACCAGAGAACUCCCAUUUGCUUACCAUCCAGCCUGACCUCACUACCACCACCACCAGCUACCAAGGCAGCCUGCGACCUCGGCACAAUGCCACCAGCAAGCUCCCGGCGACCAACGGGCCUCUGCUAGACCCGCUGCCGGACGGGCGGCACACCCUGCACAACGGCAAACUGACACCCGACCACGCCGACUUCAUGACUAGGCUCUCCACGCAGAGCUACUUCAAAACCAUGCCCAGGGACAUGGCCAACACCUCAUACGGCACCUUCAACUUCCUGGGAGGCAGGCUGACCAUUCCCAGCACAGGAAUCAGCCUCCUUGUUCCUCCAGAGGCCAUUCCCAGAGGGAAGAUCUACGAGGUCUACCUCACCGUCCACAAGAAGGAAGAUAUCAGGUUAUCUCUAGCUGGCUGCCAGACCCUCCUGUCCCCCAUCGUGAGCUGUGGGCCUCCUGGGGUAGUGCUGACUAAGCCUGUUAUACUCAGUAUGGACCAUUGCGCAGAGGCCAACCCUGACAGCUGGGCCAUAAAGCUGAAGAAGCAGUCUUACGAGGGCACCUGGGAGGAUGUUCUGCAUGUGGGGGAGGAGCUUCCCUCUGACCUCUACUACUGCCAGCUGGAGGCGAAGUCGUGCCGCAUCUUCACAGAGCAGCUGGGACGCUUCACGCUGGUGGGGGAAUCGCUCAGCAUGGAGGCUGCCAAGAGGCUGAAGCUGGUCCUGUUCGCCCCCAUGUGCUGCUCCACUCUGGAGUACAGCAUCAGGGUCUACUGCAUGGACGACACACAGGACAUGCUCAAGGAAGUGAUGCAAGUGGAGAGGCAGUUGGGCGGACGCCUCAUUGACGAACCUCAGGUCCUUCUCUUUAAAGACAGCUACCACAACCUGCGGCUCUCCAUUCACGACAUGCCCCUCGCACACUGGAAAAGCAAGCUCCUCGCAGGUUACCAGGAGAUCCCAUUUUAUCACAUCUGGAGCGGCUCUCAGCGGAGUCUGCACUGCACCUUCACGCUGGAGCGGAAGAGCCUCAACACCUGCGAGCUGGCCUGCAGGCUCUGCGUGUGGCAGGUGGAGGGGGAGGGGCAGAGCUUCAGCAUCCACUUCAACAUCGUCAAGGACAGCAGGCCCCUGGACUCAGAGUUUCUAUGCUCAGACAGCAGUGCCCCAGCGCUUGCCGGCCCCAGCGCCUUCCAGAUCCCCUACCUGAUCCGACAGAAGAUCUGCAGCAGCCUGGACGCCCCCUGCACGCGCGGAGUUGAUUGGAGGCUGCUGGCACAGCGACUGCAGCUUGACAGGCACCUAAACUUCUUUGCGUCGAAAGCCAGCCCCACGUCAGCGAUCCUGGACCUGUGGGAGUCCCAGCAUUUCCACAGAGGCAACCUAAACCAGCUGGCAGGCGUGAUGGCAGAGAUCGGCAAGCAGGAGGCCAUGAUCUUCCUGGUGACGGAUGGGGAGUGCUAAUGCCUGUGGAGUGAGGGAGAGGGCAGCGAGUGAGUGAGUGCGUAUGUGACUUCUAGUGAAGGAGAGGGCAGCGAGUGAGUGCUAGUGAGGGAGAGGGCAGCGAGUGUAUGUGAGUGCUAGUGCCUAUGAAGUGAGGGAGAGGACAGUGACAGUGCGUGUGUGUGUGUUGGGUGUUGCCUGGACAAUCCUAGAACAGGUUUCCUCCUGUGUCUGGGUAGGACAGAGGGACGGCUGUUGGUCAGUACUGGUAUCACUUGCCAUGAUGCGUGCAACAAAAACAUUGAAUCGAGAGAACUCUGUCGCGUUGCCACAUUUACAAAAUGAAUAUUUCAAUCUGUGACUGUGUAACUCUACUUGUGGACUGCUGAUCAACUACGGCAUAUGUAUUUUAUACUGUGUCUAAUUUUUUUUUUUUUUUUAUUUAUUUUAUUUGGUACUUUUUUUUAGUUACUUUUUCAAAAAGCUUUAAUAUAAGCAGCUCAUUUUGGAUUGUUCAGCCCGUAGACCUGUAGCUGCAAAAAAUUUAAUCAAUCAAGGGGGUCUCUAGCAGCCAGGAGAGCAUAGUGGGGUGAGCCUACACUCACAAGAUCCUGAACUGCACCACCUUUGUCAAGUCAGUGGAACAGUGUUAGUGUUGGUGACGUUUUGUUAUGUUGCCUCCAUGGAUCAAUCCUGGAGAAUUGUAAACCAGUGCUGUUUUCAGGGUCUGUCGUGGGUGUUCAGCUCCAGAUAUCCCCAAGCGGUGUGCUUAUUUUAAUCAAGAGGACAUUGUAUUUAGUUAUGUAUUUAUGAUUUCAACUAUAUCUAACAUAGGAUAUCCCAGUAGACUGUUAUCGCCCAUCACAUUUUCCAGUGGGGUCUAUGCAGCUGCAUGGCAGACAUUGGGAAAACAGAAACAGGAAAUGGGUCGGCCAAACCAUUCUAACAAUGUGUUUUGUCUCCAUUUGACUGGGAGGGGUUCAGUUAUGAAGCUGAAGCAAUAUGUGUUUUGAUGUGGCUGUGAGUCCUGGACAGCAGGCACCGUCAUCUUUAUACAUCCACUAAGGAGCAAACCUUUUAAAUUUCUCCUGUGCGUUCAGGAGGUGGUUUUAAAAGGGCAUCCCACUCGGUAGUCUUAACCAGAUUGUUAUCAAGUGGAUACAACACAUAUCUGUUCGUGAUUUGGUUGUGCUUAGCUUGAUUGGGUCAGGUUUAGGGUUAAGGCUAGGAUUAACCCUAACCCUGUUCCUUAGCGCUAUUCAAACAGACAUCCACAUGUAGGAGCACACGUCCCAAACACACUGCUUUUAAGUUCUGUUUUAUUAUUUUAUUGUGAUAUGUACUGUUUAUGUGGUUGAAUUUCACCAUAGAACUGGGUCGCAAAGCAGUGCUAUAUGUUCUUCUUUGAAUCUACCCCUCGUGGAACAUUUGUGUGGAACCAGUAAACAACAACAAAAAAAUGGUUUUGUCUCUCUUAGUCUGUCCCAAUACAGACGAUAUUGAAGUAUGUCCAUUUUUUUGAACUGUUUCUCUUCAGUAGAGCUAGAAGCGUUUUUUUUUAGGGGGGGUGGGGUGGGGUUGUACAAUGUUACACAGCAUAGCGCAGACGAGAUGCUUGUCAAGGACAGCUGUGGUGAUAUGAGGCACAGGCAGUUCCAGUGAUUGCCGGUGUGAGGAGAAAGUGGCUUUCCCUUUAAUAAACAGCAAAACAAAUCCAGUAGGAGUGGCAUGCCUUAACUCUUACAAAGAAACCGCAGUUUUGCCACCAGAACGACACUGGUAUAAAACAACCCAUAUCUGAAUUCAAGGAGGAUAUUAUAAAGAGGCCAUAUCCCCACUCGAGGUCGCACAGUAAGGCAGACCAGUAAUCAUGCAGCUCGGAUGCCUUGACGAUGUGUUACUGCAGGAGGAGAAGGGCAGAGGUUGGUAGGACAGACUGACAGAUGACUUUCUUCAUGGCAGGUUUUGAAGGCCUCUGGUCCAAAGAUACAUGUUUCAAACAUUAAUUCAGUUUGGCUUUAUAUUACCAUCCAAGUGUGCGUACAGAGGAAGGCUGUAUUUACAAUACAAAACGAGAAGCCAAAGUUUUUAGAUGACCCCUGUGCUAACAGUCCCAGAUGUAAUCUGCUGCUUCUGGGUAGGUAGUUGCAAAGAGUGUUUAAUGUAUUUAUUUAUUUAUUUAUUUGGGGUUUUUAGUCUCACAAAACCUACAGAUGUCCUGCUGAAAUAUAUGAAAUAUCUACACCUUUUAAUCCUUUGGUUUUUUAACUCAAAAUCAUCUCUAGCUCCAUUUUUACUGACACUGCAGCUGUCAGAACUAAACAGUUCUAUCCUGGAUAUAAAGCCCAUUGCAACCACAGGGUGGGGGGUCUGUACCCACUUCAUUUAUUUCUACUCUGACAUUGCUGUACCUUUCUGACUUCAUUUGUAAUAGUGCAUUCAGACAGUUAGGAAAACAGAUUGCCCCCAUAAAACAAAUGAUUUGUUUUUUCACAGAAAGCAUUCGUGUUUGAGUUGAGCAAUGAGACGGCAAGCCAUCACUAAUGAAUGUUUACAGACCAGGCGCCUGAUGCCAUUACUCUCCCUGCAUACAAACACGGACCUGAAGAAAGAGAGAGUGCGAAGUGUGUCAUCCAGCCUCUGUGUUCUGUGAUUCAUUCCAUUCUUCAGUCUGGCAUGGCGCUUGCAAAGAAAGCAGCUUCAAAUACAAUCUUAUGUAUUUAUUGUUUUUAUUAUAGUUGCAGUCAUUCUGUGCGAUUCUUACUGCAGAUAUUACAGUUGAUGUUUUUUUUAGUUUUGUUUUGUGAUGUUGUGGUGCUUUCAACCGUACAGGGGCUGCUCUUCAGUUUCGGUUGCUAGACCAGCACAUAUUAGUAAGUGCCUGUAAUCUCCAACACACAGCCGUGUAUUUACACAAUGAAGCUGUUACAUGUACAGUCAAGACCAUGUAUCCAGUAUCACAGACUGUUCGAAUAUAAUUAUCAUCAUUACUGGGUGCUGCCUCUGGGAUCACUUUCCCAAACAUCCCACAAAAUACAGAAGCAGAAUAAUAAUAAUAAUAAUAAUAAUAAUAAUAAUAAUAAUAAAUCAUAGAUCAAAUUUCCAAAUAUUAAUUAAAAAUGACCAGUUACUUGUAUUCAAGUUAGAUCUUUGCUAGAUUACUCCUAUAAAGACAUUUUGGCUAAUCUAGCCUACUGUAUGUAAAAUAUGUCUAUGGUAAGCAAAAAGAGCA